CUCCAGGCGCUAGACGCGACGAGUGCCGAGAGGGGUUGCAGCGCAGAGGGUUGCGCGCGUGGUUGUACGUCGUCUCCUGGUCCUCCUCCGCGUAGACGCACACUCACACGCAUAGACACGUACACGCGGUACACACGUUCUUUUCAACCCUUCCCUUACCUUCCGCACUUGUCCGACUUCGUGCCUCCCUUAUGUUUAUACCGAUUCGGAAGCCGAACAGGAACUCGAUGACAAUGACACCGGCGGGGAUGAAUGGAAAACCGCGGAAGAGACAGUUUGCCAGACAUCGGCCGUGCACAAAUCGGUCGGCCCACCACGUGGAUCGCGGUCUCGUGCUCUCGUCGCUGGCACCAUUCACGCUCAUCUUCAUCCUCGUGCUUGCAGGUAUCUCCGACGCCUCCUACGAAAUGCAGGGACCCAGCUUCAUGACGGAACCGCCGUCAAGGGUGGAGUUCACCAACGUGAACGGCGGCCGGGUGGACUGCACCGUGCGAGGAAAUCCACUGCCAACCGUCGACUGGCUCGCGGCGGACGGCGGUAGUAUAACGAACAUCCUCGGCAUCAGGCACGUCCUCGGCAACGGGACGAUACACUUCCCCGCGUUCGAGGCCGAGGCCUUCCGGCAGGAUGUUCACUGGGCCAUUUACAAGUGCUCCGCCGUCAACAGCGUCGGUGCGGUCGUUAGCAGAGACGUCACCGUCAGAGCAGUGGUAAACCAACGUUACGAUCCGGAAGUGCAAAAUCCCAGCGGCUUCCUCGGCAACAACGUGCUCAUGCGCUGCAACGUGCCCAGUUUUGUUCGCGAUCACGUCACGGUCACGUCUUGGCUCCAAGAACCAGUCUUCAAUAUUUAUCCCUCCACAAUGGGCGAUGGCAAAUAUCAUAUGCUGCCGACCGGCGAGUUGAUGAUAAUCAAUAUUACGCGAAGCGACGCGCAGAUGACGUAUCGGUGCAGAACGCAUCACCGGCUAACUCAGGAUACCGUCGUCAGCAGCAAUGUAGGGCGGCUGCAACUGACUGAAAUUCGAGGCUCCAUGCCGCCUAUAAUAAAUGAGAAACUGGUCUACAUGUCGGCUCGUCUAAAGGACACUGUCGUGAUCCCCUGCGUGGCCUACGCCAAUCCCACCCCGACUAACAGGUGGUACUACAAUAGGAAUCAGAGGGAGGAACCGAUCGAGGAAUCGUCGGGCCAUUACGUGGUGCGUGACGGCUCCUUGAUUAUCCAGAGCGUCGAGGAGAGUGACGCCGGCUCUUACAUGUGCACUGCCAGCAAUUCUGAAGGCAGCGAAACUUUGGAGAUCAGACUAACAGUGUCUGCACCACUGAGUGUUCACGUGCAACCGGCGAUACAGACGGUUGAUCUGGGGAAAUCCGCCUAUCUGACGUGCACCGCAAGUGGAUUUCCACAAGCGGCACUCUAUUGGCUGAAGGAUGGUCAGCCAUUGAGAACGGGUGCCCGGGUAAGGACGGUCUCCAGCGAGCGUAUUUCCGUGACGUCGGUCGCGAGAGAAGACCGCGGCAUGUACCAGUGCUUCGUGCGGAACGAGUACGAAAUGGCUCAAGGAAUUGCGGAGUUACGCUUAGGGGAGAUCGCGCCGCAGCUGGUCUACAGGUUUAUCGAACAGACAAUGCAGCCUGGUCCAUCGGUUUCUCUGAAAUGCAGCGCCGCGGGUAAUCCCACGCCGCAAAUUUCCUGGCUGCUAGAUGGAUUUCCGCUUCCACAAAACGACAGGCUCCUGAUUGGCCAAUAUGUGACCGUGUACGGGGACGUAAUAUCCCACGUUAAUAUCACGACUGUAAAGCCCGAAGACGGCGGCGAGUACGAGUGCAUUGCCAGCAGCCGCGCUGGCGAUGCGAGGCACUCGGCGAGGCUCAAUAUCUACGGACUGCCAUACGUCAGACCGAUGUCGCCCGUUUCAGCGGUCGCGGGGAAGCAACUAUAUAUCAAGUGUCCUGUAGCCGGUUAUCCUAUUGAAUCGAUCGUGUGGGAAAAAGGGGACAUAAAACUGCCUACCAACAUGAGACAAAGAGUCGCCAACGGCACGCUGUUUAUCGAUACUGUGCAACGCAGCGCUGACGAAGGCACAUACACAUGCACUGCCAGAAACAAACAUAAUUUCACGUCGCAUCGCUCGGUCGAAGUACGUGUUUUAGUUCCGCCGCGGAUCUCGCAAUUUUUUUUCGGAGACGGUGUGAUGGAGGGGCAGCGAACACAGCUUAUGUGUACGACGAGCCAGGGUGACCAGCCGUUCAACAUCACGUGGUUGAUGGACGAGAAACCAAUUCAGGUCGGAUCGGAAACCAGCAACGGCAUACAGAUAAGCGACUAUCCGCCGUUUUCCAGCAUCCUGACGAUAAAUAGCGUCAGCGCUAGCCACAGCGGCAACUACACGUGUCAGAUCAGCAACGUCGCUGGCCUGGCCGAGCACUCGACCAGCCUAUCAGUCGCUGUACCUCCGAGGUGGACCGUGGAACCUAUCGACCAGAACGCAGUUGUAGGUCACGGCGUCUCCAUCGCCUGUCAGGCCGAAGGAUUCCCCAUUCCGACUGUGACUUGGAAGCAAUCUAUCGGUGAAACUCCGGGUGACUACAGAGAGCUUGGAUACGGCACGGAGGGCGCCGGGGUGGCCAGAAACGGAUCCCUGGUGAUCCCGCGGGUAUCGCGGGAUCACGCCGGAUUCUAUCUAUGCCAGGCGAGCAACGGCAUCGGGCCUGGCCUCAGCAAGCUCAUUCGGCUAACGGUUCAUGCGGGCCCCCAGGUAACAGUAAGGACGAGACAGGAAUCAGUGCGACGAGGAGAGAGCGUAAUAUUGCGCUGCGAGGCCGAGGGAGACGCGCCUCUUGAUCUUAGUUGGCGUGUUCGUGACAGCAAGAUCGAUCCUAAUUACGACGUUAGAUACGCGGUAGACAAUACGGCGGACGCGUCAGGACGUGUCACCACCGAGCUGCGGAUCAUCCAGGCGAGCCACAUGGACCGCGGUGACUACGUCUGCGUCGCCGCGAAUGCGUAUGGUCGCGACAAAGCGAUGAUCCACUUGCUCGUGCAGGAGCCACCCGAUUUCCCACGCAAUCUGCACGUGGCCGAGCAGGGCAGCCGGUCGAUCCUGCUGGCCUGGUCCUCGCCGGCGACCGAUCGGGACGCGAGCCACGUCAGCUCGCCCAUCACCAAUUACAUCGUGCAGUACAAGGAGGCGCAAGACGUGUGGCAUGAGCACAACACGCAGAAGCUGGUAGCCGGAGACAACACGGUCGCUCGGGUAUCGCCCCUAAAACCCGCGACUACCUACCACUUUCGAGUGCUUGCGGAAAAUCAUCUUGGAACAUCAGCGCCAAGCGACAUCCUUCAUGUACAAACGGACGGUGAAGUACCCGGUGGACCGCCCAGGCACGUCUCCGUGGAGCCCCUGGGCCCGCAGCAGCUCAAGAUCACGUGGCAACCGCCGGAUCGAUCCCUGUGGAACGGCGAACUACUCGGAUACACCAUCGGCUACACCAAUCUCGGAGGAGAUGAUCAAUUGACGAACACGACGCGAGUAGGGAUCACAGGAAAUGGGGACGGCUCGCACGAUUACAGGCUGACGGGUCUACGAAAAUAUACCCAAUAUAGCAUAGUAGUAAAGGCGUUCAAUAGCAAAGGAGAUGGCCCAGGAUCCGAUCCUGUGACGGCGCACACAUUCGAGGACGUUCCAAGUGCGCCACCGCAGAAUGUAGCUUGCGCCGCACUGAAUGGUCAGAACAUCCAGGUGACCUGGAAACCACCGCCUUCUGACAAAGUUCACGGGGUCGUGCUGGGGUACAAGCUGCUGUAUGAAGCCGCCUCGGACUCGCAGACCAGCAGGGAAACGAAAGUCAGUCAUGCUCUCAGUACGGUUCUGCAUUCCCUCAGCCCGUAUACCAACUACACGGUGCAGGUACUCGCAUAUACCAGGGCCGGAGACGGUGUCGCGAGCAGUCCUGUGUCUUGCACCACCGGCGAAACCGUUCCCGACGCACCGGAACGCGUAAAGGCGGUGGUCAGCGGUGAGAACGCCGUCGUGAUAUCUUGGUUGCCGCCGCGACGGCCGAACGGGUUGCUCAUUCAGUACACCGUCUAUAUCCGCGUGUUGGAACAGGGCCAGGAGGUGAAGAUCACCAAAAGCAUUCUACCAGCGCAGAAUCUGCAUCACGAGGUAACCGGAUUGAAGCAGCACGAGACCUACGAGGCGUGGGUGACUGCGUCGACUAAGGUCGGUCAGGGUUCCAGCACUCCCGUCAUCAAGCUUCAACCCAGCACCACCGUUCCAGCUGCUAUAAUAUCAUACGGUGUGCCCAUCGUGGUACCGUGGCGAGUAGACGUUAAUAUGGCUUGCCUCGUCGUCGGCGAUCCUCGGCCGAGCGUCGAGUGGCGACGUGCUGACAUGAAACUGCAACAAAAAUCCGACGUGGGGCCAGACAAUACCUUAACUUUGAGAAACGUGCAGAGAAGUCAUGAAGACAAUUAUUCCUGUCACGCGAAGAAUUCGCUUGGCACGGACGAAAUUACAUACACGCUGCAUAUACAGGUGCCGCCGACGUCGCCGACUCUGUUGGCGACCGGCACGACGACCGACGCUAUCCAGCUACAAUGGAAGCAGGGCGACAACGGUGGCGCGCCUAUUAAGGGAUUUCUCCUAGCUUAUCGUCGGGAAUUUGCUGAAUGGGAAGAGGUCAUGCUAGACCGACGAGAGAGCACGCAUCUCCUUGAGGGUUUGCAGUGCGGCACGCGAUACCAGUUCACGCUAGCGGCGUUCAACAGGAUCGGAAGCGGCAGCGCGAGUGACAUACAGACGGCGAAGACCAACGGCUCAAAGCCGGUUCCGCCACCGAAGCAUCACUUCGUUAGGCCGAAUCAGACGUUCGUUAUUCUAGAAUUGGCGGCCUGGCAGGACGGCGGAUGCCCGUUGACCUACUUUGUCGUGGAGUAUAGGAGGCUGCCCGGGGAUUGGCUGCUCGUGUCCAACAACGUGCCACCACAGUCGAAAUUCCCCAUCGUAGAUUUGGAGAGCGGCACCAGCUAUGAGCUUCGCGUGACGGCUUAUAACAACGCCGGUUCCACCCAGGCCGAGUACUUGUUCAGUACGCUGUCAUCGAACGGAAACAACCGUUUGCACGAGGAUCAUCCGCAGGAGAGCGAGAACACUCCGCUGUAUCUCGACGCGCACGUUUUGGCGCCCAGCGUCAUCUCUGUUCUCGCUGUCAUGCUGGCGAUCGCCGGAGUGUGCUUUUGCCUCAAGACACAUCCAGAAGGAUCCGGCGGCGCGAACGACCCGAGCUCGCAAACGCAAGCGGCCCUGGAUAACAAGCACAACAUGGAACAGAGGGAACAGUACUACGCGACCGUGAGAAAACCAGGACAACAGUCACCUUGUCGCGAGGUGAGCGCCCUGGAACGAAUACCCGAGUAUUCGGAAGACAUUUAUCCGUAUGCCACCUUCAAUCUGCCCGAGCAGGAAAAUCUUUCGGCGAACCCCAUGAGACAGGCGUUCUUCUACGAGCGUAGCGAAACGAUGCUGCAAGGUGCUCAAUGCGACGUGGACCAAUACACGAAAGUACGUGGUCGAGCGCGACGCAAAUCAAAAUCGUUCAAAUCGGAAUCGGAGGAGUACGACACACUGGGCUCGGACAGCGACACGGAGGUCGGCACCAGCAGUCGUACCGAAUCAUCGAAUCAUCUGGAUGACUCCGGCCCGACGUCGAUAAUGGCUCGCUCGCCGGGACCGAAUUCUGUGAAUCAGCGGGAGCAACGGCUCGCCCUGGUGCAGCGACCGGUUCAUCAUAAUGUGCUGUACCACACGCACGAAUCAAGUACAUCAACCGAGCCGUCACCAAUUUCUGAGAGAAAGACUUUCCCGAGGCUCGAAAAGCAACGGAGUCGCGGCGCGAUCGACGUCGCGAUCGACGGUCGCAUUCCCGGUAUCCUGCGACCGGUGCUGAAGCUAUCGGAGUCCGGAGUGCAUUCGUGCUCGCGAGGAGCGUCGCCGAGUCGUCCGGUGCGUCCUGGUUCCUACGACAGACUGGAGAAGGAGCCGUUGAGCACCAGGAAAUCCGUCGAAUCGCUCUGUCUCCUAGAGGAGCCGAUGGGCACGUUCAGAAUGAUGAGGAGGGACGACGAUUGGGGCAGCGAGCUGUCUACGUUGGAAUUGAAGCCACCGAGCGGCUUCACCGACGUCCACGAAACCAGUGAGGCCGAGUGUGAUAUCGACAUGAAGCUGAAGUUACACAGGAAACGACCGAGCGGUCUCCACUCAAACAACUCACUCUCCAAAUCGCCCAAGGAUUUCACUAUCACCGUCUAAGUGUUUUAAUCAAAUAUCGAAACCAAAAUGAAAUUUAAAGGAAGCCAAAGAAGCGAAAGAUUUAAAUAAGCGAAGUAUUGCCAAAGCAUGAGUGUUAUUAAGUCAAGUAAGUUACGAUUUACGCCAUUGAGGUUCUUGCGAUUACCAACGUCGCUCUACGAAUCUAGAUCUCUGGAUGUUCGUCUUUUGGAGUGACUACUCUGUCAAAGACUUCGUUUACAAAUAAAAACUUAUUUUUCUAAAAAAAA